CCCCGACCCCCCGCGGGAGGCGCGGCCGGGCAGGAGCGCCAGGGGCCGCGGGCAGCCGUGCGCCGCGCAGCGCCAGGGACCGGCCCCGGCGCACGCAGCCUGGAGGGAGCCCGGGCAGCCGCCCGCCGGCCCAGGCUCUGUUCUGGACUGACCACAGCCGCUACUGACAUCACUGCGCCUAGUGCAUGCUGGGAAGGCAGCUGCUUCAGGAGAGGAAUUUUGCCAACUUGUCAGAGGAAAAUAAAACCUGAGCCCCCGCUCAAAGAUGCUGUCUGGGAAGGUGGAGAAGAGGAUUGCUUCCUCCGUAUACAUUACCCUGGCUCCUCCCAGGAGGGACACGGUCAUCAAGGGAGAUGUAAAGCCAGAUGUGCGUCAGCCGAGCUCAGACCACCCAAAGGAGGCUUUGAAAUCUGAUGGGACCCACCAGCCCCAAGUGUCACCACCAAAGAAAUUGGGCAACAGCAGCCGCCAGGCCGGCAAGCAGAGCAGCAGGACGCUGGGCAGUUCUGGGCCCUCGUCUGGAGUGGCAGGCUUGUCCAACGGAGGUUUCUCCUCCUUUCCUUGUCCUGUCCUGACUGACGUUCCCAUAGGCUCGGACCCAGAGAGCCCCCUGCCGUCUCCUCCAUCGUAUCUUCUGUCCAAUGAACUUAACGCCCCGUCGGUGGAGAUGCUUUGCCCUGAUCUGCAGAAGCUGCACGUGAGCUCACCUGUGAGCCGGCAGGCCUCUUCCACGUUCCCAGCAGAACCGAGGCAGCAUAAAAUCCAGCCGACCAGUCUGGAGCAAGUGGAUGAGCGCCAGGCCCCGAAACAGAACGUGAAUGGGCACCUGGAAAGAGACAUUUCCACAGUCUGUGCCUUUUGCCACAAGGCCAUUGCCCCCCGGACCCCGACCAUAGAAGCCAUGAACAAACAGUACCACGCGGACUGCUUCACGUGCCGGACGUGCCACGGCCGGCUAGCGGGGCAGCGCUACUACCAGAAAGAGGGCCGGCCAAUGUGUAACUCUUGCUACAAGGACACACUGGAGAAAUGUGCCAAGUGCCAAGGUCUGAUCCUGGAGCACAUCGUCCGCGCCUUGGGGAACGGGUACCACCCCGAGUGUUUCAUGUGCUCCGUGUGUGGCCGGAGCAUCGGGGACGAGAGCUUUGCCGUGAAUGACCAGAACGAGGUGCACUGCGUGGAUGAUUUCUACAGGAAGUACGCCUCCAUCUGCAGCGUCUGUGAGACACCCAUCAUCCCACAGGAGGGGAAAGAUGCCUACAGGAUAGAAUGCAUGGGGCGAAGCUUCCAUGAAAGCUGCUAUCGCUGUGAGAACUGCAGGAUUCCCCUGUCCACCGAGCCAGAGGAGAACGGCUGCUACCCCUUGGGCAGCCACGUCCUCUGCAAGCCCUGUCACAUCAAACAGAAGAACGAAUCGUUCUGCUGAGAGAGCCAGGCGGGCUUCCCCAGGAAACCGUGGAUGCAGCCGCGUGGCUGAGAUGAGCCGAAUCUCUGUACUACGGCAACAGUAUUCUUAUCCUCUGCCUUCAUUAAUGUCCAACUUUCUGUCCUGACUGUCUCCCUUGUGGUAGGACCAUAUUAGUAGCUGUGAGCUUUAGCAGCAAGGUCCUACCACGCGUGCUUCCUAAUCGGCCGUGCCACCAGCCCUGAGAGGUGGCAGUGGAACGUUCUUCUUCUCUCUUUCCCUCCAGUCUGGCUGUGCUUAUCUUCCAAGGCUACGCCCGCUGGCUUCCUCUGCCCCCAAAUGGCUCAGUGCCUGGGAUGAGGGACGCACCCCGGCAAGCCAGCAGCUGCUGAUGGGACGAGUGAGAUUGAUUAAAAUGAUAUUUCAAAGCAG